CAACACAGUUUAUAUACAAAAAAUGUAUUGACAUCGACAACAACAACGUACAAUGCAAUUUAAUGCAUGGAGAGGUUUGGGCACUAUAAAUACGUAGAAACUACAGAUUUAGGUUGAUCAAAUAAUUUGACAGAUUGGUGUUGGGCAUAUUUUAUUGUAGUUUACAUUCGGCUUAUCAGCGGCAUGAAUAAGAUGAUAACAGAUUAUUAUAGAGUUAAUCGCACUAAAGUUGUACAAAACAUGGAAGGUACUCCUAAAAAAAGAUAUAAUUUAAGUUUAAAAUCAUCGACGCCAAAUAAGGUGGUGAAAACUGACGAACCUGUAAAUGUUAUUAAUUUAUGCAGUGAUGAUGAAGACGCAGAUAGUACUACAAACAAAACUAGCAGCGUUGUUCAAUCUUCUCCAAUGUGCUUACAAUUUGAUGAUACAUCUACUACUAAUACUACUAUAUUAUAUACUCCCAUGACUCCCACCAAUACUUAUGAGAGCACUCCGAACAAAAAAGUUGAUAGUCCUGGAACUUCAAAAAAGUUUUUUUCUCCAACUAAAAAUCGUCGUGUAAAUACACCACAGAAGGCAAAAAAGAACUUACACAGCAUAUUUAGUUCUAAUGUUGUGACAUCAGCAGAUGAUGCCUCAUUCCCUGAAGGAUUUAAAAGUUAUGAUGAUAAGACUAUGUUUCUAUUGAAGAUUAUUCACAAAUAUCUUAAUGAUGAGUCUCUGAGGAAACUGCUACCUGAACACUUAGACAAGCUUCUAAGUAAGACUGUGGAUGUAAUGAAGCCAGGCUUGCGUCUGAUAUGUAGAUUGUUCUGGCGCAAAAGAUGCUGGUACAGAAGAGAAGAAACUAAGAAGAUUGCAAGUGGAGACAACAUUAUUGAUGAUCCGCAUUUUGAAUUUAUGAUCAAUUCUUUAGUAGAACAAGGCUUUAUAAAGUAUUCUGUAAAUGAUGUAAGUUGUAUGACAUUCGAGGAUUAUGUGGAAGUAUUGAAGCUUAAUGAAUUAAAAGAUGUAUGCAAAGAGUUAAAUAUUAAAGUGAAGACUAAGCAAGAGGCGAUAACUUCUUUAAAGAACUUCAUUUCGCGUACUGUUAAUAUAAGCAAUUAUUUCAAAGGUGAAAAGAGUAAUAAUGCAAACAGGGGAAUGGAAAAGUUAAGAAUCAAAGCUGGUAUAUGCUACAAAUUAAGUGAAAAUGCUGAUGUAACAUUUACGAAAUUAUAUUAUCUAAUGUACUUUGGAGUGGACUACAGUAUAAUUAGAGAAAAUAAGUUGGAAUUAAUACUUCUUAAUAUGAAAGUUGGAAAGGAAAUUUACCCAGUAAAUGAUGAUAUUACCAUGGAUAAUGCAACUGUUGUUUUUAAUACAAGAGAUGAAUUCGAAAGUUACAUCAAUGCAUAUACAAUAUCAGAAAAAUGGCACUCAGCAAAUAGUACUGAUGAAAAAAUUGCAAUCAGCUCUAUGGUUGGUAGUUUGUACAAGAAUCUUAGUGAAGAAGAAUGGAAUUAUUACAAAUCAUUACCAUCGUGGUUACGAAAGUAUACACCGGGACAUAUAUACAUCAAGAUAUUAGAAAAAAGUGUGCCAGAGUUGAAAAAGAUGAAAGAGAAAAAAUAUAUUAAACAAGCAUUGAAAAUUCUAACUACUUUAAUACGACAGUCUGCCUUCAGACAGCAUAAAAAGUCCUUAUGGUAUGCAGAAAAAGCUCUUAUUUUGGAAAAACAUGAGAACUCUGACCAAAAGGCUGCUGAAGUUUUGUUAGAAGGGCUGAAGUCUGAUAUAGAGGAGGAUUGUAAAUGUGAGAUGCGGCCGCGAGCUCUGAAACUGGCAACACAGAAGUGUAACGAAGUUGGUGACGAACUGCGACAAGAAUUACUCCAGUGUGCUUUACUAAACCCUCUCAAGGAGAAUGAUUUUGAAGCUAGACAUAUUUAUAAACAACCCAAAGAGUGAGUGCUGAUUUUAAAAUAUUAACAUAUUCC